UGAAAACAGCUAUCGACAGCAUUCAAUGGAACAACAGACAGACUGACUGCAAGUGCAACUUAAAAGAAUUGUGCUGCUUAAUUACAAGCGAAACUGAACUCACAAUAUUAAGCCCAAAUGUGAAGUUUGAAAUGCAAAGCCAAGUGUUAUAAGCAACUUAAUUUGUCCUAGUAAAAAUAUCAACACUAACGAUAACCUUAACCUUUACUAACCUUACGUGCUUAUUACAUAUUAUUACAUAGUUGAAAAUGGCUGAUAGUGAGAAGAAAAAGGACCCACCGAAGCCGGUCGAGAAGACAUCCGAUCCGAUAAUCUCGCAAAUCGGUGACUUUAGACGCUAUCAGCUCUUCUUCUGCAUUGUGAUAUUCAUGUGCAAAUUCGGCACCGGGUGGCACACAAUCGGCCACAUCUUCCUUGCCGCCCCCACGCCCCACAGCUGCACCACCGAGAACGUCACAGAUCCGUGCAGCGACGAUUGCCAUGAAACGGAAUUCGAUCACAGCACUUUCCAGUCGACCAUCAUCACGGAAUGGAAUCUCACCUGCAAGAAUGCCACUCUGGCGAGCCUCUCCCAGUCCAUUGUCAUGCUCGGCGUUAUGUUUGGCAGCAUGAUCUUUGGCAUGCUCUCCGAUCGGUUUGGUCGUCGUCCGUCUUUUUUGGGCUGCUGCUUCAUGCAGCUGAUCUGUGGCUUGAUCGUUUGUGUUUCGCCGUAUUUCUGGUUCUACUGCCUGUUCAGAUUUCUAACCGCAUUUGCCACAGGCGGCACCAUGACAACCAGUUUUGUGCUCAUCAUGGAGAUCAUUGGACCGAAGAAGCGUGAAUUAAUCGCCAUUUUGUAUCAGUUGCCGUUCAAUAUUGGCCACGCCUCACUGUCCGUAUUCUCGUACUUUCUGAGGGAUUGGAGGUGGUUCCAGUUCAGCAUAACGAUCUGGUCCUGUGUAUUUGUGAUUUACAUUUGCCUGGUGCCGGAGUCGCCACGUUGGCUAUUUACCACUGGACGCGUAGACGAUGCCAUCAAGAUAUUGGAAAAGGUGGCAAAACACAAUAGAGCCCCAACAGAUACGAUUCGCGAGGAAAUUGAGGCUGGACACAAAGUGCUGGCGGCGAGGAUGCCAUCGAAAAAGGGCAACUUAAUUGAUCUGUUCCGGACACCCCGUAUGCGGAUCAAGACCAUCUGCAUGGCGAACAAUUGGCUGGUUGUCUGCAUGGUGUACUAUGGCAUCGCUCAGUAUAUAUCCAAGCUAGGCGGCAAUAUAUUCAUCAACAAUCUGAUUGCCGCCGGUCUAAGCAUACCCGGCACACUGCUCUGCGUUGUGCUGACCAAGUACUUGGGCCGAAAGGUGACAAUGAUGUUGACGAAUUCGAUCAGUGCCGUUGGACUGUUGGCCCUCGUCUUCCUCACCAAUGCCCCAAUGAAUAUUCAGGUGAUGUGCGCCACUGUGGGGCUGUUUGGGGCAUCGAUGACAUUCCCCAAUGUGUAUCUGUGGGGUGGCGAAAUAUUUCCGACCGUUGUGCGAUCGAAUGGAGUCGGACUGUGCUCGAUGAUUGCCCGGAUUGGUGGAUUUAUAGCGCCGCUCAUCUGUGACCUGGCCAUGUUUAGGGCCUGGUUAACACCAUUCAUAUUCGGUGUGUUUUCCAUUGUGGCCGUUAUCGGCACCAUUUUCCUGCCAGAGACUCGAGGCCUUCCGCUGCCCGAAACGCUCGAGGAUGGCGAAAAUUUUGGACGUAAGCAGCGAGAUUAAAUUGCUUUGCUUUUUCGCGCAGUGCAAAAGCCGCAGCACAAAAUAAAAGCAGCAAAAACAAAAACAUCACGCUUUUGCUCAACUUUACAAAUCGUAACGAAAUUGAAAAUAUCUAAAUGCAAAAUGUAAUUACUGCGAAAUGAGUUCAGUUUCGUGCCUUUGAAACGGGGUUAGUCACUCGAAACCAACAAACGCUUUGCCUCGUUUGCCGUCCAAAUGGAAUAACAGUUAAAACCAGAUUGCCAGAUUCAAAAGGCUUUUAGCAAAUACUACAGGUGUGUGUAUAUCAAUUAAUUUACAAUUUAGCAUCAUUUUACAGGUAAUAGAAAACAAUUUUAUUUUAGUUUAUUUUGAUGUUUUGAAUAAAUAAUGUUGU